UACGUACAUACGUGUGAUAAACAAGUUUGAUGAGACAAUUAAAUGGAAGCAAUUAGCUUUAAAUCACGAGAAAGAGACUACCGUUGAAAGAGGCGCCUGAAAUCUCGAUGAGAAUAUAACGAGUUUCAAAGAGAAAAUGGCGACCGAUAUAUCGAAGCGGGAGUUAGUUAAUCGAGAAUCGCGGGGAGUCGACUGGAGGCCAGUCGAUCGUAGAUCGUUGCGCGUGUGUGAUGUACACUAUCGCGUAAGGAGUAACUUUAUUUACCAAUUUAGAGUGCCGAUGUGCGGUGAGAAGCGUUAAAUGUUCGUGGAAAAUGUCGAAUCCCGGCGGUAGCAGGAGGAACGGGGCCAUGAAGAUUCGUUUGACGAUUUUAUGUGCCCGUAAUCUUGCCAGAAAAGAUCUAUUUCGCCUGCCUGAUCCCUUUGCUAAAAUAACCGUCGAUGGUUCUGGUCAGUGUCAUAGUACAGAUACUUGCAAGGCUACAUUAGCCCCUAAAUGGAAUCAGCAUUAUGAUUUAUAUAUCGGGAAAAAUGAUGGUAUUACAAUAUCAGUGUGGAAUCAUAGAAAAAUUCAUAAGAAACAAGGUGGUGGCUUUCUAGGAUGUGUGCGUAUAUUAUCAAACACAAUACAAAGAUUGAAAGAUACUGGUUAUCAACGUUUAGACCUUUGCAAAGCUCAUUCCGAAGAUACAGAUGUUGUCAAAGGGCAAAUAGUUGUAUCUUUGUUAUCUAGAGAUGGACAUAAUGGUGCUGUGAGUAACACAGUUGGCCAUAAUGCUGUAGUUGAUGUUCUUGGUGAUUUAAGUUGUCCAACUGACUUACCAGAUGGAUGGGAAGAAAGAAGGACUCGAAGUGGACGAUUAUAUUAUAUCAAUCAUUACACCAGAACAACGCAAUGGAUUCGCCCAAAUACUCGGCCUAGCAAUGCUAUUAUACCAACUACACCAGAACCACCACCAUUACCUAAUUCAGAGCCUACAUCUCCCAGUGGCAGUGGUAGUCCACCAAAUGUUAGAACAGAUAGUCCUACUGUUCUACAAGGCACACCAGAAUGGAAUGGAGAAGGAGCAUCUAGCAGAACUCCUAGUAGAGAUAGUUCAGCUCAAAAUACUCCUAGAAAUACACCAACUCAACAACAAAAUAGGAAUCAACAAAGUCAACAACACAUAAGAAAUACUCCACCAUCGUCUGCAAUAAGAGAUCGACGACCUGUACGAAACAAUGAUGAACAAAAUGGAAAUCAAAAUGCGAACGGGCGUAUAGAACGUUCUAAUAAUGGUCAACCACGAAGGCCUAAUCGAAGCAACAGAAAUAGGAAUAAUGCAGUACUCAGUGCUGAAAGAAGAAACGAACCUCUUCAACCUAUGGAUUUACCACGAGGAUAUGAAAUGAGGAAAACCCAACAAGGACAAGUAUAUUUUUAUCACGUUCCAACUGGAACAUCAACAUGGCAUGAUCCCCGAAUACCACGUGAUUUACCAGCCAAUGAAUUGGCAAGUGAACUUGGACCAUUACCCAGUGGAUGGGAAAUGAGACAGACUCAAAGCGGACGUGUAUAUUUUGUAGAUCAUAAUAACAGAACAACACAGUUUACAGAUCCUCGGCUCUCUAGCCAAAUCAUAAGUAACCUGUUAAAUAGGAGGCAAAACAACAGCACAAAUAAUCAGGUUUCUGGAAAUCCUAGUAAUUCACCUACAACAGCAAGUGAAUCAGUAGCAGUGGAUACUCUUGUACCAUCUGUACCUCAAUCUUCCACUAAUCAGCAAAGGCCAAGAAUUGAAAAUGGAAGCAAUAAUAAUUCACCAACAUUGGAAACCUCAACACCGCAAACGCAGACUGUAUCAGAUUUGCCAAAAGAACUUAUGGAAAGUGAACUUCUUCCAAAAUAUAAGCGAGAUUUGGUAGCUAAAUUAAAAUGUCUAAGAGCAGAAUUAAAUGCACUCCAACCACAAAGUGGACACUGUAGAUUGGAAGUAUCAAGAAAUGAAAUAUUUGAGGAAUCUUACAGACUGAUUAUGAAAAUGCGUCCAAAAGACAUGCGUAAAAGACUUAUGGUUAAAUUUAGAGGGGAAGAAGGUCUUGAUUAUGGUGGAGUAGCACGAGAAUGGUUAUAUUUGUUAUCACAUGAAAUGUUAAAUCCUCAAUAUGGACUGUUUCAGUAUUCAAGAGAUGACAAUUAUACAUUACAAAUAAAUCCAGAUUCAGGGAUAAAUCCCGAACAUUUAUCAUACUUUCAUUUUGCUGGUAGAAUUAUAGGAAUAGCAGUUUUUCACGGACAUCAUAUAGAUGGUGGUUUUACCACUCCAUUCUAUAAGAUGCUAUUAAAUAAAGCUAUUACUCUCAGCGAUAUAGAAGGAGUUGAUCCUGAAUUGCAUAGAAGUCUUACAUGGAUGUUAGAAAAUAGCAUAGAUGGUGUCUUGGAUGCUACAUUUUCUGUCGAACAUAGCAGUUUUGGGGUCUUGAAAAAUCAUGAAUUAAAACCUGGUGGAAAAGAUAUACAAGUCACAGAAGAAAAUAAAAGGGAAUAUGUUCGAUUAUAUGUAAAUUAUCGAUUUAUGCGUGGAAUCGAACAACAAUUUUUAGCAUUACAAAAAGGGUUUCAUGAGUUGAUUCCCCCACCAUUAUUAAGGCCAUUCGACGAACGCGAAUUGGAAUUAGUUAUUGGAGGUUUAGGUACUAUUGAUAUAAAUGAUUGGAAACUGCAUACAAGGUUAAAACAUUGUACACCCGAAACACCUGUAGUAAAAUGGUUUUGGCAGAUAGUAGAAUCUUAUGGAGAAGAAAUGAGAGCAAGAUUGCUUCAAUUUGUUACUGGCAGUUCGCGAGUUCCAUUACAAGGAUUUAAGGCUUUACAAGGCUCAACAGGAGCUUCAGGUCCACGUCUUUUCACAAUUCAUGCUGUAGAUGCACCUAGUGAAAAUUUGCCAAAAGCACAUACUUGUUUUAAUAGGAUAGAUAUUCCACAAAGCUAUCCGAGUUAUCAGAAAAUGUUGGAUAAACUUACACAAGCUGUUGAAGAAACUUGUGGAUUUGCUGUUGAAUAAUAAGGAUUGUUAUAAGUUUGCAGAUUUCUUAUACUGACAAAAUUAUCUCCAACAUACCCCAUCACUGCCCAAUACAUACAUAUAUUUGUAUCUAAAACUUUGUUUUCAUUAUGAAUGCACAAAUAAGAUGAUGUUGGAGUAUUCAUGAUAUUCUUUUGUACCACAAACAUGGACUGAAAUUACAAUAUCGUUUAUUUAAAAAAUUUAUACACAUAAAAAUAAUUUCGUGCAUGUAGUAGUAUAUAACUGCCUCUUAGAGUUUUCGGUAUACUUAAUAAGAUGAGUAUAAACAAAACAAAAAUGCAGGUGUCAAUUAAUCCCUGUAUUCAUAUAUUUUUUGAGUAGCACAAAAUUAGAAAUGUACAGUCAGAUAAAUGAUAGUUAUUGUAAAAAAAAUUGUUCUAAUGAAUACUAUUAUAAUAUUAGAUAGUAACAGUGAUGGGAAACUAGUAUUUAAAGUUGUAUUAUUUAUAGCGGUCCAUGGUGUCUAUGGGAAAUA